GACGAAGACGAGUACCUGAAACAAGACAUGCCCAAGACUGAAUCGCCGGAACUGGAAAGCACCGCAUGGGUCGAGGCCUUCCUCGAGCGGCUCCACGCCAUCGUCAUCAUAACUCGGAUGAAGCACAAGAUCGAGCAGCUCAGCAAGCCGGAAAGCCAAGAUCACCCAUGGGAGGCGCGCGUACGGCAUCGCCAGACAGCACUCCAUCGCUUGUUCCAGGCACAUGCCACGCCAGUCCACCUUCACGACCCAUUCCAGCGCCUCUUACCCCGGCCGGAAGACGAGUCCAUCAGCAAGCGCGCCUGGGAGGACUGGCUGUUCGCCGUUCGACAGCUACUCCGACUCGUACCUCAGAGAGACCGCAUUGGAUCGCACAGCUUCGUGCUGCACCACUUCGACGCAGCACUACGACGGGAUCCCAGGCUGCGCAAGGCGCUACCGCAACCAGAGACCGCCACGGACACGAGGAUGGACGCAUGGCAACACGCCUUCCUCGGCGCAGUGGAAGCCAUUGUCACAGCCAACCAAAGUGCGGCUCAAGAGAACAGGCAAGCAGUACGAGCACGAGGGACUCCUCAGACUGCGAGUCCCACAGCAGCAACAACGACAGAAAGAGCAAGCACCGUCAUGGAAAAGAACAACCGUGCCCCCAAACAUCGAGACGCGGCGGCGCGAGCAAAAGACGGCACACAGGAAGUGCACAACGAAGACAUGCAGCACAGCGAGCCAAGCCAAUGCAAACACCACUGA